GUUGCCGUUUGUGUUUUGCAUGAAGCGAUACAUGUUUGGUUGAGCUUUGAAUGAGGGGCCAUCAUCCCGGCGGCUCGGAGGUGGAAAAUACACUUUAAAGUCUGUGUGGAUGCGUUUAACAUGAACAAGCAGGCUUUCCUGACAGGUACCUGACUGACUGUCCGCCCGUCCGUUCACCUCUUCGUUUGGGUUUCUUUGAAUGCACGCCCCUCUCCCUGUGCUGUGCGCUUUCCAUCUGAUAUUCCCCCUAGACUCCUCAAGACUAAUGCCUUAGUUCUCACUUGACAUUAAUUAAACAAUACAUACAUAUAUAUUGUAUGUGUAUAUAUAGUUCAAAGAAACUCUCCAGUAGGACGUCAAGCAACAGCCCAUCAUCUGCACCACUCUCCUUCCCCUCUCCCUUUUUCUGUUUUUACGAGGGGAAUCAAAACACACUUAGGACACUGAGACGCACGCACGUAUACAUACACAGGCCACCAUGUCCUCCAUCCUUCCCUUCACUCCCCCAGUAGUGAAACGCCUUCUGGGGUGGAAGAAGACUCCGGCCGGGAAUGGAGGAGCAGGGGGAGGAAUCGGAGGAGUAGGGGAGCAGAACGGAGGAGGGCAGGAGGAGAAAUGGUGCGAAAAGGCGGUGAAGAGCUUGGUGAAGAAGCUGAAGAAGACUGGACAGCUGGAUGAGCUGGAGAAAGCCAUCAGCACGCAGAACAGCAACACAAAGUGUGUCACUAUACCCAGUAAUUGCUCAGAUCUAUGGGGUCUAGGCUCAGGCCACACGAUAGAGCAGUGGGACUCCACAGGCAUGUACGGAUACCCUGACCACAGCAGGUCACUGGAUGGGCGUCUCCAGGUGUCCCAUCGUAAGGGCCUGCCCCACGUCAUCUACUGCCGCCUUUGGAGAUGGCCUGACCUUCACAGCCACCAUGAGCUGAGGGCCAUUGAUGCCUGCCAGUAUGCCUUCAACCUCAAAAAGGACGAAGUGUGUGUCAAUCCAUACCAUUACCAGAGAGUGGAGACGCCUGUGCUGCCUCCAGUGCUGGUGCCACGCCAUACAGAGAUUCUGACGGAGCUUCCGCCUCUAGACGACUUCACAAACUCCAUCCCUGAAAACACCAACUUCCCAGCUGGCAUAGACCCUCCUAAUAACUAUAUACCAGAGACUCCUCCGCCUGGCUAUAUAAGUGAAGAUGGAGAGACCAGCGACCAGCAGAUGAAUCAAAGUAUGGAAACAGGCUCACCAGCAGAAAUGUCACCAAGCACCCUCUCACCUGUCAGUCAUGGCCUGGACCUUCAGCCGGUUACCUACAGUGAACCAGCUUUCUGGUGCUCGAUAGCCUACUAUGAGCUAAACCAGCGGGUCGGGGAAACAUUCCACGCCUCACAGCCAUCUCUGACGGUCGAUGGCUUCACCGACCCCUCCAACUCUGAGCGCUUCUGUCUAGGGCUUCUCAGCAACGUCAACAGGAAUGCAACUGUUGAAAUGACAAGGAGACAUAUAGGUCGUGGUGUGAGGUUGUAUUACAUCGGAGGGGAGGUGUUCGCAGAGUGCCUCAGUGACAGUGCCAUUUUUGUCCAGAGUCCCAAUUGCAACCAGCGAUACGGCUGGCACCCUGCCACAGUUUGCAAGAUACCUCCAGGAUGUAAUCUAAAGAUUUUUAACAACCAGGAGUUUGCUGCACUGCUGGCCCAGUCGGUCAAUCAGGGGUUUGAGGCAGUCUACCAGCUAACCAGGAUGUGCACCAUCAGAAUGAGUUUCGUCAAAGGCUGGGGGGCAGAGUACAGACGUCAGACAGUAACCAGCACUCCCUGUUGGAUUGAGCUGCAUCUCAACGGCCCCCUCCAGUGGUUGGAUAAGGUGCUGACCCAGAUGGGUUCACCAUCAGUGCGCUGCUCCAGUAUGUCCUAAACACGGAUUCUGCUGCUGCCGCAAAGUCAAACUGACAUUUCAUAACAUUUGACCAGUAUGUCCAGGAGGAGUAAGGGAGACCACCAUGCAGUCUUAAAUUGAUGUACUAACAACUUAAUGAAAACGCAACAAAAACAAGAAAAAGAAAAAAAAAGAUUUCACGACGGACCUGGAGAAUUGGAUGGGGGAAAUGACAUCACUCAUGGACAAUAGUGGAAUGUUAACAGUGAUGUCAGAGUGAGCCUGAUCACCUCAGGCUUUGUUGGAUUAACGUUGACAUUCCUGUAAUCAUGGACCUAAUAACUGAUAUCACCCUGCAAUAUCAAAAUGACGAGAGUGAUGACAUAAUGGACCAGACUACAUUCAUGUUUUUGGUAUUUUAUUGAGGCUGUGAUCCAGAAACACAACGCGGGACAGAGCUUAACUUUCCUGUUCGAUGACACGAGAGCGGCUGUUUCCGGAAUUGUGACCAUCUAGUUACGGGACACUCCAACCACUAGUCCCAUGGCUAGUCCUACCUUGCCGCUUCACUACCUAACUACCACAGCACAACUUUGAUUCAGCGUCAAGAUUUCCGUUUACACAAGGUUGGUUCAACAGAAGUACUGCCACUCCAGGCUCAUGUUCAACCAAAGUCAGUUUCACGCCUGGACAUGAUUUUUUUCUUUCUUGGUUUUGGUGACCAAAUUUCCAUUUUUAUCAGACAUUUCCACUUUUCCUGCUUUUUCCUUAUCAGUCCUGUGUUGUCUCGAUCGCAGACCUGACAACACUGGACUGGCGAUCUUAAAGGGGGUGACCAUUUGGAGAUGAAGUUGAUGUCUAAAACAAAUGUACAUGCCCCGUCUUAACACGUUCAGAGAUACUGUAACUCAGACAAACCUUUUCAGCUCGUACACCACAUAACACCUUUGCUUUGACAUAACGGCAAAUCAUUUCCUCUGUGGGUGUUUAAUGUCAGUUGGUCCCAUUCAAGCGUGAGUAUGUGGUGGGUUAGAUUUUUGAGUGUGGAUCAGAGCUGAAACAAAGACGGUUUUUAUUUUAAAGUGUGGUCAGUGCUUAACCGACACAGAUAACUGGAAUGAGUAAACGUAAGGAACUCUCAUGGCAAGAGCGUAGAACACCUCACGCAAUUUGUGACCUUGUUUUCAGACAGUUAUAAAGGUGGAACUGUUUGCCCCUUUUGGUUUUUGAGGCCCAACGAUUUGCACUGUCUCUGUGUUGCCUCCCUGCACGCUCUUGCUCUCUCUCUUACAUUCUCUUCCUUAACUUUUUAUAAUUCUGUCAUCUUGUUCAUGAAAGAAAGUCGGAUGUUGGACUUGAUACAGGAUUAGAGCUCAGUAUAAAUGCAGUUUAAGAGUCUAAGCCUCAAUGUCGCCCCCUGCUGUCUAACAGGCAAAAAAAAAAGAAAUCAAACACCCAUCGCUUACAUUUUACUGAUGUAAUCAUUGCGCAAGUCUCUUCAUUAUAUGCUUGGACUGAUGCACGGUUUCCAGUUAUUGACAUUUUAUUGUUAGGAAGAUGAAGAUAAGAUGUCCUGCAGUGUAGGACUUUAAAAAAAAAAAAGCUUCUGUACCGUACUUGCACUGCCCCAAAUUAUGCACCCUUGAUAUUGCUACAAGAAAGUUGCCUUUUGAUGUAAACUACAGCAAGAUAUGCUUUGAAAUGCACAGAUAGGAAUGUUAAAAAGCCCAAUUUAAGUCAAGACAAUUACAAAAAAAAUAUAUAAAUGUUCACUAUAAAGAUUUUUUGGCUCAUUAAAGAGCAUCCAUUUGAUUUUAAUGAGAUUUCUUGCCCAGAUUUAAAAGCGAGCUGGAACCUACAUCGGUAUUUUAGAGUCCAAAUCUCUUCAACUCAAAGUGUUAAAGCUUUAAGUAUUUGACAAGCUAGUUAUACAACACAGCUAUUGUUUUCUUUACACAUUCUUUUAGCUACCUUUUUGUAUUUCCGUGUAUUUUUUCUAUAUGAAUAUAUUUAAAAAUCGUCAAAGCUUUCUUCCUUUUUAUUAGAAUUCAAUAUUUUUUUAGAAUAUGCCCUCUGAAAUGAUCACAGCUUGACGAUGAUUUAUGAAGUAUGUAGCAUAGGAUAUAACAUUUUCACUGAAUUUACCACUGAAAACAGUUCAAACAGUACUUAAUAACAGAGGCCAAAUCACCAUAAUUACCAUCCUCUUUUCUCCCAAACCUAAAGUUGGCUGGUAAAAUCGUAAAAGUGGCUGGUGAAUUUAGGAAGCUAACAUCUGUUAUAGCCGUUGAUAAAGGUAGUUUCCUGCCUUGCUGUUACUAAUUUUUCAGCUCUAUGCGCGUGACCCAAAUUAUGAUAGUGCUGUCCCAAAGACCGAAUGCAUGUAUUUACCGUCUGUCCUGUACACUGAAAAUCCCGUGUUAUAAACAUGAUUGCUGAUGAAAAACUUUCCAGUGUCCUUUUGGAGUUUUGGUAAUUGCAAAUUGUUAAUUACAAAUCCAGAUAACUGCUUGAAAACAUGCUUAUUUUCAGUGUACCAUGGUCAUUACGAAACUAAACUUAACUAAAAUUCCUGCGUACUCCCAACAGUAUUAUUUUUUCAGUAUCAACAGAGUUAGUAUUAAUUUUAAAUGCUCUGACUUUGGAAGAUGAAUUUGUUAAUUUCUGUCUUACUUUAGCAACAUAGGACAUUCCAGUGAGCAGUGUAAAAGCUGCUGCCAAUUUCAGCUCUACAGAUGUUUCAUUCUCAUGACUCUGUGUGACUCCGUAUGUAUGGUUGUACUAAUUUACAGUGAGUGUGUUUACAUGCACGUGAUAUUAUCUCAAAGUGUAUGCCUCACGAAUCAUACCACGAAAAAUGGGAUUGUAGGUGGGACAUGUAAAUGUACUUUUCGUGAAUUAGACUAGAUGUAAACGUGCCUCACCAUCUUGGCUCAUACUGUCACAUUCCAGAUAACUUUUCCAAACUGUGACAAAAACCUGUCAGCUGUCUUAACUGGUGUGCAUGUAAACACAUUCACAUUUGAUUAAUUCAGUACUACAACAUGUUGGGGGAUAAUUCACAUUUGAAAAAUGGUUGUACAACACCAAAUGAAGGUUUAAUGAAGGUGUCGUUUAUCAUAUAAUGGCUGAGACAAGAAGUCCAGAAAUCCUGAUGUUUGAUCGUACAUCGUCGGCAUCCUGCAGAAACCUUAAGAUUUUAAAUUUAAAUUUGAUAGCUGACAUCCUCUGAUACAGGAUGAUGUACUUUAGCACUCGGACCUGACCAAAAGAUUAACAACUUUAAAAAAAAAAGUGUAGUUUGACCAAGGCAAAUCACAAACUAUACUUUUUUUUUUUUUUUUAGGAGAAUAAUUUUCUUCAUUCAUCUAGCAUUUGCCUGGGUCAAAUAUUUAUUGUACCCAGACUGAAACCAGCCAAAUGCAGUGAUGUCUGUCUGUCUGUCUGUCUGUCUCUCUGUGUAUCUACCUGUCUGCGUUGUCUUUUUGCUGGUCUGUCAUUUUAUUUUAUUUUAUUUUUUUCAUUUAUUAGGGAAAAAGUUGACUGGACUUUGCUGACAUCAGUACACAUGCUAAAGUGAAAAUGUAGGUUGUUGUAUCAUUGCUAACCCACAUGUUUGUUCUAUGCAGUGACAUCAAAUAGUUUGGACUGUAUACUCAAAAACACUUCCCCAGGAAGAAAUCUGCAUAGUGUGUUUUCUGAUCGAUAGACAUGCUGUUUUAUGCAUGUUGCCAGGGUCCAGCGAGCCUUUGUAUCUACUUUUUUUUUUUUUCUUUAAAUGAGUGCCACCUAAUAUUGUACCCCCAAAAAACAACAAGCUUUUCUCACUUCCUGAGAAGUCUGUUUUGGAGAUAGAUAGAUGAGACCAAAUGAGGUUUCAUGUAGGCUACAUCUACACAUUUUGAGGGUCCACAUUCCUAUUUACAGAUUACAUAUUGUAUUUUUAAUUUUAUUUUUCUUAUUGUGAUGACAAUUGUGUAUCCCCAAAUAAGCCUCUUUCUGAUGAGUUCCUAAGAAGGUGGCUUUUUGGAGAAAGUGAAGCUUCUACAUGUCACUUGUGAUGUUAUUGUAUAGGCUAGUUGUACUUUUAUUUUACCAUACACGCUGUUUCUUUUUUUUUUUCUUCUUGCUAUCACCAGAGCAUAUUCCAUUAGACAACAAGCUGUUAGGAUUUCUGUCUUCUUCAAACACUGAUUAUGAUCUUCAUAUAGGCUUUCCAACUAUUCUACAUAUACAAACAACUUCUUACAGUGUACACUAAUAAAGCUGUUUUAAUUCAA